AUGCGGCUGUCAACUGGCCACGGGCGCUCCUCGCGCCUUGGCCAGCGACAUGGCACCGUUUUCUCGUUUCUCACAGCUCUCGUGCCCAUGAUGGCGCACGCAGCCGAUCUCGUACGCGCACCGCCAGCGAAUCUCGACUUUUCCGACCUCGGCCAGAUUGGUAUCGCGGGUGAUUUUGGCGGCAUUUCUCUCUACCAAUUCGUUGGACAGGGCGGCCAGACUCGCAGCGCCAACGGAAGCGAGUUUCUCCUCUCGGAGCUGCCAAACGGGGCACUAUCACCAGCCAUUCAGACAGAUGCUGCCAUUCGGGCCAUGUGCCUCUACAAUGGUACUUCUAGCAAAACAAACAGCCUCAUCAUCGGUGGUAACUUUACUUCUUUGGGCGGCAGCCAAUCCAAGGCUAUUGGAAUUUACGACAUUGACGCCGGCAAGGUCACCACCCUCGACGGUCUUGAGGGCGAGGUGAAUGCCAUUCUUUGCGACGGUGCCACCGAUACCGUCUACAUUGGUGGUAAUUUCAAGAGUGGCAACUCGACAAACGCCAUUUCAUGGAAUGGCAAGGAUGGAUUCAAAAACCUGCCCUUUGUCGGAUUUAACGGACCUGUCAAAGCCAUUACUAAACUGGACAACGGCCAUAUCCUUUUCGGUGGAAGCUUCACUGGUCUCGGCAAUUACAAUAGCACACCUGGCAACUCAAGCGACACCCAGAGUAUCAACCUGGGGACUGCCAAAAUCAACGCUGUGGGAAGCUCUUCCAGAGAUGGCUUCAGCGAUCCGGCCAACGUUGCUUGCUCCAGUGGAUCUGACGCCCAAGGCAGUACCUGGCUUCUCCAAGACGCCACUCCUGGAUACUGGGAAGCUCAGUUCGGCUUCGGCUUCGAGCCCACCAAGAUCCGCCUUUGGAACACACGCGUUGAAAACCAUGGAACCAAGACCUUUAACAUCCAGUCGUUCCCCAAUGGCCUGACAAACAUCAUGAACAUGACCUACGUCGACCCAGAUACCGGCAACAACGCCACCUGUGACCGUCUUUGCCCUCUCAGCAACAACCCCAAGGUCCAGUUUCAAGAUUUCUAUUUUGUCAACGUUGUUGGCAUGAACAAGCUCCGCAUCGAUAUUUUGGAUUGGUGGGGCAGUGGCGCUGGUCUUGCAGGCGUCCAGGUUUUCGAGGACAACAUAUUUUCCUACGCGAUCAACGAAUUCAACGAGCCCAAGUGCCGUACCGACUCCGGCUCCGUGUCAUCCGCCUCUACUACUGGACCAUGGGAAAGGUCGCCGGCUCUCCAAAGCAACGCGGAAUAUCUCACCGCCAGAAUCCAGGUCAAUGACGGCCGUGCAGGCUCAAACGCAUCUGUCACCUUUUACCCCAAUAUUCCGCGGACCGGCAAUUACUCCAUCAACCUAUAUACGCCUGGUUGUGUGGCCGAUGGUACAUGUGCCAACCGUGGCCGAGUCUAUGUUUCCGGCUCCAUGUCCAGCACCACAGCCCAGCCCGAUUUCGAGACACAGCUGUUUCAGACCAACAACUUUGACAAAUACGACCAGAUCUACUUUGGCUAUGUGGAAAGAACUUCUGACAAAUUCCAACCCAGUGUUACCCUUAGUCCCACGAAAGAUCAGACGGUUCAAGACCUCGUUGUCGUCGCUCAACAGGUUGGCUUCACUCUCAUCAACUCCGUCGGCGGUUUAAACGGUCUCUUCGACUUUGACCCCAACGGCCCCCUCCCCGAUGAGAGAAGUCUCGAUAGCUCUUCCAUCAACAAGCUCGGCUACAGCUUCGCCAAGAUGUCCGGUGUCAAAGCUCUCACCACUACAUCGGACACCACUUACAUUGCUGGCAACUUUAGUUCAAAGAACCACAGGAACAUUGUGGCCAUCUCUAGCAAGGGUGGUGAAGCCAAGAAUCUAGACGGUGGUCUCAACGGUCAAGUUAUGGGCCUGCAUGCUGAAAACAGCAAGCUAUACGUCGGCGGAUCCUUUUCGAAUACUCUCUCCAACGACACCAAGGGCAUCAACAAUGUCGCAGCCUACGACCCUGAUAGCGACACCUGGUCUCCUCUCGGGGCUGGUCUCGACGGAUCUGUCGCCUACGUUGUUCCUCUCCGUGUCAAUACCACCGAGGGCAAGCCGGAGACAGUGGUCGCGUUUACAGGCUCGUUUACUCACUCUAAUGGCUACGACAGUGUCCCAUCGGCCCAGGUUGACGGCUUUGCUAUAUGGGUACCUUCACAGAGCAUCUGGCUGCAUAACUCGGAACAUGAUGUCCCAAGCUAUAGCGGCAUGCUGACUGCCUCGCACCUUGACCUCGACGGCAGUAACUCUCUUCUUGCCGGCUCUCUCGACGUAUCCACGCUCGCAGUUGAUGGCGUUGCCAGUCUGUCAGUCUCUGGCCUUGGAAAAUUCCCGGUCAAGAUUGAUGCCAAGACACCCACACCGAGCAAGCGACGACGAAGCGUUAUGCAAGGCGGCGAUGUGGCCGGCGUUGCCACUGGAGCCUUUUAUGAGAAUGACGAUGAAAGCCUCACCAUCAUGGCCGGCCACUUUACUACUGCAGGAGCUAGCAACGAUUCAGCCAUCCACAACUUGGUCUUUGUUGAUGCUAAGAACGACAACAAGACAAGUGGCCUCUCCGAAGGCAUUGAUGAUGAUUCAUCGUUCUUUGCGGUCGAUCUUUGGAAGAACAUUCUCUUUGCUGGUGGCCAGGUUACUGGCACAGUCAAUGGAAUGGAAGCCCAUGGCAUCAUUGGAUGGGAUCUGGACAGUAAAAAGUUUUCUCAUCAGCCCGCUGGCCUGACGGGCGGUGAUGGUGUUGUUACUUCCAUUGCCGUUCGACCUAGCGGUGGCGAUCAGGUAUUUGUCGGCGGUUCCUUCGAGAAAGCUGGUGCUCUCGACUGCCCUGGUCUCUGCAUCUUCAACGUUGAUGAUGACCAGUGGACUCGACCUGGCACCGUCGUCACUGGCCAUGUCACUGGAUUGCAGUGGGUGAACAGUGAUUCCAUCCUCGUCGCUGGCGACUUGGUCACCAGCUCGAGCGGCUCAAAGCCUCUGGCCUACUACAACACAGUGAAGCAGACGUGGACUGAUUUUUCCAACAUGGACGAGAUUCCUGGUCCUAUCGACGUGCUAGCACCAGCCAGCAUGGACCUCAAGCAGUUCUGGGUUGGCGGGAAAUCCCUCAAAGACAACUCGACCUUCCUGAUGAAAUGGGACGGAAACAAAUGGCGCUCCGUUGAGCAGAAGCUUCCUAACAGUACUGUUCUCCGCAGUGUCCAAUUGUUCCGCCUCACAAAGGAUCAUGACCGCGCCCCUCUGCUCGAUUCGGACCAGGCUCUCAUGAUCACCGGCUCCAUCAACCUGCCUCAGACUGGUCCCGUCUCGGCCUGCCUGUUCAACGGCUCGCACUACCAGGCUUAUGCCUUGACCACAAGCAACAACGAAGGUACCAGCAGCAUCGGCAAAAUCUUUUCGCAAAGGCCCAACAAGAUUGGCCACGAUAGGCACAUGCCGCUAGUCUUUGUCGUGCUCAUUGGUUUGGCCAUUUCGCUGGCGCUCAUUCUGCUCAUGGUAGUCGGUGGUGUCGUUCUAGACCGUCUUCGAAAGAGGCGCGAAGGCUACGUCCGCGCGCCAACCUCGAUGCGUGACCGCGGAAGCGGCAUUCAGCGCGUUCCGCCCAGAGAACUGCUCGAGUCGCUAGGCAGAGUGCGUCCCGGUGGCUCGCCUGCUAUAUAG